AUUUUUCAUUUCAUUAUGUAUUGUUUGAGUCUCUUUCUUUCUUUGAAAAGAAAAAGAAAAUAUAUGUGAAAAUCCCGUAAAGUGUCCAUGCUUAAUGUGUGCACAUCAGCAGAAGGUGUUGGUUGUGGUGCUUGUGCUGGUACUGCUGCCCCACGAAGUUCGAUGCGACCCUCACAGCAUGCCCAGCGAGUGCUGCAGGCAGCAGAUGCGGGCAUGUCGCCUGCACCUGCUGCUGUGUCGCCCGGGCGCGGUCGGCGCCGGGCCGGCCGACUCCUCCGCCGGCAUCCUUACCUUGGGUAAGCGCACGGAAGACGACCGCGUCUUCAACAGCCGCCUGCAGCAGCUCCUGCACGAGUCCCGGAACCACGCGGCCGGCAUCCUCACCAUGGGCAGGAGGGCCCAGAGCCUGUGGGGGCCUCCCUCGGACGCCACGCCCUCACCUGUUUGAUGGGCUACAAGCAGGGGUGGA